CGAUGUUCCCUGCCGCUCCGAACCCUCCGAAUAACAAACUCUGAAAUAUUUUGGUUGGAUUUGAGUUGAGCGGAUUCAACGAUGGUUUAAAAUCUUGUAUCUAAAUACUACAUCUUCUUCGUCAGUGGACAUGUCUUGUCCACUGCGGGUCUUUUUGCCAUCGUCCCGUGGUCCUGAACGUCAUUAAAACAGCUUGGGAUUUGUGUGUGGAUUUACUUGAUUGAUUCAUACAGCGGGACUACGAGUAUGCCCUACAAGAAAUCGAAAAAGUCCAGAAUUAAAGAUCUCAGUUCUUUGGACAGCAGCGAUGAUCCAUCAUCAUCAGUUGACGAUACAUCAGAAGUAUCGAGUACAUCGGUGGAUUCGUCCAAGUUGGAGAAAAGAAGAGAUGAGUUAAGCCCGAAGUCGAAGAUAGCUAGAAGAGCCAAAUUAUGUAAAUCAGAUUACUCGCCAAUUGUUUCACGUGAGGACGAGAUAUGGCAAAAGAGCGAAUCCAACCUGAAGGUUACUCUAGCAAUGUCGGAGUCCACUUCUAUCUCCAAAACAGGAAGUAUGGAAUCGCGUGGGAAAAGACACACGUUGGUCCAGAUGUUGGCACUCAGUCGAAGUCAACCGGACACGAGUGACUGUGAACUCUCGCCUCAAGAUAGUCCUAGCCCUAGCAGCAAGAACGGAAGUCCAUUCUCAAAGCCCAAAAUUAACCGUGCGUCCACCGAUACGGAAAUGAACAAUAUCCACGGUAAGGGAGAGAAAAAUGACAUUGAUAAAGCCACGAAGACAAACAAGAAGAAGUUACAAAAGCAAAAAAGUGAUUAUCCUUCCUUAACUGUAUUUCUCGUGAAUGCAGAUAAUGAGUCUUCUUUUGAACCUAAAUGUUUUAAGGAAAUCGUACAGGGGCUUUUGCCAAUUAGCUAUGAAGACGAAAUCGUGCAAAAACGAACCCAGAUCCUCAGAGAUCCUUUACAAGAUUUGUUACUCUUCCCUACAGAUGAUAUAUCGGCCUAUACUAUACCCAGAGAGCUGCGGACGGAGCAUUCCACAGUCCCUAAAGAUGCAUUAUCAAGAUCUACAAAUCUAUUCACYAGAGAGUGUAUCCGCUCCUAUACCUCUAGCUGGAACUGCAUUGAGAAUAAAUAUGCUCAAUAUUCUGGUAGUUACCUUAAGCUUCCAAGACCAUCACAAACAGAUGGCCUACAAGAACAGAUAUUUGAAGCAGAUUUGACAGAUCAGGUGGAUAGCAGUGAAAGUAAUUAUGCCAUGAGUCCUUUAAGAGAAAAGGGCAUCACCAAGCAAGGCUACCUAACCAAGGCACCAUUCCAUGGYGAGAACGACAAAGUUAACUCUAUAACUGCUAAGACUUAUAAAAGAAGAUGGUUCAACCUGAAGCAAACAUCCAAUGAUGGUUCUUAUGUCCUGGAAUACAGAAAAGAUGACCAUGCCACUACAGCAAGAGGAGUCAUUUAUCUUGAUUCCUGUACGCAUAUUUCCAAGGGUGUUAAAGGCAAGAUGUAUGGUUUUGAGUUACAUAUACAUGACAAGACAUACAGUCUAGUAGCCGAUAGUCAAAGUGACAUGGAUCAAUGGAUAGCAUCACUUUGCCGUGUCACUGGUAUCGAUAUAGACUCUUGUAGCAAAUCUACUGGCAUUUCUUUCUCUGUCAAGACAAGACUUCCUACAAAGCAAAAUCAGUCUCUACGUGAAAGCCUCAAAAACAGUAAACAUCCUAUUCUACUGGAAUACUCCAAGGAAACAGACGUUCAGAACGCUAAAAGACGCCGAGAGAAUCGGUACAAGUUGUUUUCUCUCGUACGCGACUUGGACAGUAGUGCGUGUGUUAGUUUUGAUGAUGCGCGGGUUGACGCUACGGUUUACAAAGAAAAUUUCGGGACAAGAUUCAUUGUUUCUUUUCAAGACUUGAAAUUUCGUCUUACUAAUGUGUUUUCUAAUGGAGAAGAGACGAAUGUCGAGCCGUUUUUCAUCAAGCUUGCUAUAUUCGAUGCUAAAAAGGGCAUUAAACUGUCUGAGGAUUUCUGUUGUGAUUUGAACGAUCCACGAGUAGCGGACAUGCUUAAAGGUGGGGACUUGAUUGAAAAUGGAGAAACAAAUGGCGAUGCAAUUAACGAAGAGAAACGAAGUAAAAAUGUCAAGAAAGAAAUACAGUAUGACCAUCCUACCAAUGCUAUAUUCUCCGUAACGUGUCCGCACGCUGAAGUAUAUCUAGUAGUACGGAUAGAAAAGGUCUUACAAGGUAGCAUUGGUUCUUGUGUGGAGCCUUAUAUCAAAUCAGGAGACAUCAAGAAGACUGCGGUAAAAGUUCUUAGACUGGCUGAAAUCUGCUGCAAGAAACUAGGRCAGUAUACCAUGCCUUUUGGUUGGGCGGCACGGCAAAUAUUUAACAAUGAAGGGACUCUUGAUGAGAAUGCGGAGUUUACUCCUAUAUACAAGCAGGACAGAGAAAAACUCACCGAUGAAGAUAUGGUCAAAUUGUUGUCAAACGUAUCCAGUAAUGAUAAACUAAAACAGCAGAUAAUCCCAGCUACUUUACAGAUCGAAGUGGGACGAGUAUCAGAUUCUACCAAAAAUGUGCUUACACCUUCAUUGAUGUGCGUCAAGCCAUUCCACUACUCGAUUAAAGAACCACCCACCAUCGAGAUAGAAGAGUUCAACCAGUCCAUUCCUGAAGCAGCCUAUCCUCACACCACUUACGUCAAUAACUUCUAUAUUUAUCCACUGACGCUCAAUUUCAAUAGCCAGAAAGUCUUCUCAAAGGCAAGGAAUAUUGCAGUUACGAUUGAGUUCAGAGACAUUGAUGCUCAAGAUGCUCUUCCACUCAAGUGCAUCUACAACACAAAUGGAACACCAACGUUAACCACGCGAGUAACUGCCGCAGUUAUACAUCACUGUACCAACCCAACAUUUUAUCAAGAGGUCAAGAUCAAACUGCCCACACAAAUAACAGAAAAGCAUCAUAUUUUCUUCACAUUUCAACAUAUCGCUUGCGAGCAGAGCAAGAGUAUGGGCGGUGCCGGGUCGGUACGAGGAAAACCCUCGCCCGUAGAAACGCCUGUUGGGUACGCUUGGAUGCCUAUACUACACAACAAAAGAGUUCGUGAAGGUGAGAUAUCACUCAUGGUGUCUCAGUCGUCGCCCGAUGAAUACCUGUCGGCGCAGUAUGUUGGUCUUUCAAAGGUGACUGGUCCAGACGUCAAGUGGGUUGACAAAGAGAAACCCCUGUUCAAAGUGAACACUAGGCUCGUAUCUACCGUAUAUACACAGGACGAGUAUGUUGAUGGGUUUUUCGCGCACUGUCAGAAGUUCCAUGGCUCUCCUUCAAGUGAAAUAGAAAAGAGCAAGACACUCAAGUUGUUGAAUGCCGUAGAUGUCAAUACCGUUAUCCGGUUUCUACCUGUGAUUUUCAAUCAGUUAUUUCAUGUCAUGUUGGUCUCGCAUAGUGAAGACGUCACCCUCAAUGUGGCUCGAGUUCUUAUUCGUAUUACGUCGCAAGUCCACGAAGCCAAAAGAAUAGAAGCUCUCAAGUCAUACGUCAAGUACGUGUUUGUGACUGAACGAGUGGAGAACUCAAGUAAGACAGUACACGAGGAGUUAGCCAAGACCUUGACAAUGAACCUGAAGCCAGGCAGUGAUCCCGCAGUGGUCAGUGACCUCAUGAAGCAUUCGUGGUUUUUCUUUGAAAUCAUAGCAAAGAGCAUGGCACAGACGCUUGUCGAGUCCGACAAAGCAAAGCGAAUGAACCGCGACAACUGGUUCCCAGAGAGUCUCCACCGAAGCCUAGAGAACUUCGUCCAAGCUUUUGUACCUCAGAUAAUCAAGAGACUGAAAGAACUGGCUCAGAUAGCAAAGGAUGCAAACUUCCACCUUGCGUGCUUCACCAAGGACUGUUUCACGUACAUGGAUCGAGGGUUCGUGUUUCAGAUGAUAACGUACUACUCGGAGCAGUUCAGGGAUUCUGACACUCAGAUGCGUGAAUUCAAGUUCGAGUUCCUACAAGUCGUCUGUAACCAUGAACACUACAUCCCUCUCAACCUUCCUCUGGACAUCAGAGGUCUUGGUGGAAUACACGACUGUGAGUUAUCAGACGAGUAUUGUAAACGUUUCUUCCUGGUUGGGCUCUUGCUGCGAGAGGUGUCUUCGGCUCUGACGCAGGGGCGCCAUAUUCGUAAGCUGGCCAUCAGAGUACUUAGAAACCUGCUGGUCAAACAUGAACUGGAUCCAAGAUACGAUCACGAGGGUCGUCAGUCUCGUAUCGCAGCUCUAUACCUUCCAUUCCUGACCAUUCUACUUGACCACGUGCCACGAUUCCAAGGCAGUAAUUAUGAACUACCUCACUCUCUAUCCCAGUUCUCUCAGGAAUCCUCCUACCCAGUCCUAACGAGUGAUCCCCCGUCCGAGUCUAACCGUAGCUCGGCGUAUUCYGGGAACCUGAGAGUGAGUCCGAGUGACUCUUUAACGCCAGUUGCACCCAAUACUCCUAAAGAGGCUUCCCAGAUGGCUUUAAAGGUACCUUUUGAUGAUGAAGAGACUAAGGAGCUACUGCUGUGUUUUAUGUACAUCUUGAAGAACCUCGAACAAGGUGUAAUACUGGACUGGUGGAGACAAAUCAUGACGUCAGCCGUUAAGCGUGCUCACUGGCACCCUACAGUACUCUUCAUGCUACACCAAGACAAGUACUACUCUAAGUUCGCAGCCGUCAUUGAUAUGUUUGACCUCUUAAAGUUGUGCUUGAAGCACUUUAGAUAUCAAGGGAAGUCAAACAUACAGGCUAAUAUGGAACUUGAGUAUCUCAAAGCCACCUGGCGACCCAAUCUCCCAGCAAAUAACUCAAGCACAGAGACGACCAAGCAGUACUUUGAACAGCGUUAUAAGAAUUACUCCGGAUCUUCGUCCAAGCACUCGAGAAAUCCAAGCCAAGGAGGUAAUAACAUGGAUCUUAAGACYCGUGUACUGAUGGAGGGAAACCUUUCUAAUGAGGUGGGCCUUGUUGUUCUUGAUCUGGUGGAGCUGUUCUGCAACCACUUUAAGUUCCAUUUGGAACAAGACGACGGGGACAAUCUCCUGAUGAAGAAGGUUUUUGACACCCUUGUUUCUUUUCUACAAAUCUCGCAAUCGGAGUUGAUGAUCAAACACGUGUUUGCAAGUCUGAGAUCGUUUAUUAACAAGUUCCCUAUUGCUCUGUUCAGAGGAAGUGCCAAUCACUGUGGAGAUCUUUGUAGAGAGAUCUUAGGUUGCUGUAACUCCAAGUUAGAAAGUCUUCGAACCCAGGCAUGUGCUUAUCUGUAUCUGAUGAUGAGGAGUAAUUACGAGUUCACUGGUGGAAUGAACUGUGACAGGAUUCACUGGCAGGUUAUCGUGGCCGUGUCCAGGUUGAUGCAAAGUGGACUGAACCGACCAGCGGUGAAUAAUUCUUUGAUCGCGCUGAAGAACUACGCCAAUGAUGACAAAGGAAUGAAGAACACGUCGUUUCCAUCAGAAGUCAAAGACCUCACCAAAAAGAUCCACACUGUUCUACAAGCUACAGCACAAAUGAAGGAAUAUGACGACAUACCGGAAGUGCUUAUGGACCUUCAGUUCAGUCUGGCCAAGUCCUACUCGAGUACCCCUGAACUGAGAGAGACAUGGCUGGAGAACAUGGCCGAUACACACGCGAAGCAAAAAAACUACUCAGAGACGGCACAUUGCUACAUCCAUGCAGCAGCUCUAGUGGCUGAAUACCUCAAGCGGCAAGGAAUCUAUCCAGAAGGCUGUGCAGCUUUCCACAGGAUUUCGCCUAAUGUUGUCCCAGACGAGAGCAUGAUGAAGACUGACGAGAGUAUGGCUAUGGAGCAGCGAUUCACUUUGAAACACCUGGUCGAGUUUCUUGAGAAGAGCGCGAUGUUCCUUGAGCGAGCAGAACGAUAUGAGGUGAUGGGGGAAGUUUACAAGCUAGCCAUACCAAUCUACGAACAGGAGAGAGAUUUUGCGGGCUUAGCAAGUGCCUACGAUAACCUGUCCAAGGCCUAUCGCAAGGUAGUAGAUGUGAUGGCAAGUGGAAAAAGAAUGCUUGGCAAAUACUUCAGAGUCGCUUUCUUCGGCAAGGUAUUUGGCGAUGAUGAUGGCAAGGAGUACAUCUACAAGGAGCCUAAGGUGACAUCUCUCCCAGAGAUAUCAGAUCGUCUGCAAGAAAUGUACACGGCGAAAUAUAGAGAUAACAAGAUCAAGCUGAUUCACGACUCUGCCAAGGUUCAUUCUGAUAAUCUGGAUUCUAAUUUUGGUCACAUACAGAUUACGUACGUUAACCCGUAUUUCGAUGACGACGAGAAGAAGUCAAGACCCACUCCCUUUGAACAAAGUAACAACAUUCGACGGUUCAUUUACGAGACACCAUUCACAGCCAGUGGUAAAGCUCAUGGGAACCUGAAUGAACAGUGCAAGAGAAAAACUAUAUUGACGACGUCAAAUACAUUCCCUUACGUGAAGAAGAGAAUUCUUGUGGUACAGGAAGAGCAAUACGAGUUGACACCUGUUGAGGUGGCAUUUGAUGAGAUGCAAAACAAAGUAAGAGAACUGGAACAAGUGACGUCACAAACACCUCCAGACAUGAAAAGACUACAAUUGGUCUUACAAGGAAGUGUCAGCGUACAGGUUAAUGCUGGUCCUUUAGCCUACGCAAAGACCUUUUUAGAAAUGUCUGUUUUGCAUAAUUACCCGGCCAAGCAUAUCGAAAGAUUACAACAUGUAUAUAAGGAUUUUAUCAAGAGCUGUGGUAAAGCACUGGAUAUAAACCAUCAACUGAUCAAAGAAGAUCAACAAAUGUACCAUGAUGACAUGAAAGACAAGUACUCUCAGAUGAGAACAGAGCUUGCCAAGUUCAUUGAUGUUGAGCAUUCUUCUAAUAUGAGAAAGAGUGGUAGUUCUCCCAUGAUCAAGAGCUGAUUGUAGUUUACAAGAGGGAAAAUAGGUGGUCAGUGCCCAUCCAGUAUGUAAUAUACUAUGCUAUACUACAAGCCUUUUCUUAGUGUUUCGAAAGAGUAAUGGUAUUACAUGUAAUACUACAUGUAAUACAACAAAUCUGAUCAAGUAAUAUCAAUGAAUUUAUAGCAAAUUAAAUAUAAGACAUUCUAGUUGAUCAUGUGGCAUAAUACAUUAAUGGACAUGCGAGGUUUGUGGGGGGCGGGGAAGGGGAAUCAGUUUGCAGAAUUUUCUUGGUCUUAUUCUUUCGGAAUCACAAAGACAGGGCAGCCAUGUUGGUGUACAUUACAACAGAAGAAAACAGAAUUUCAUGAUUCUGACCCAGACGUGAACCAAACACUGUAGCCACAGUUUUGGCCAGCGGGAUCAAAAUCUUGUUCCACUUACAACUCCAGUUUUUCCAGUUUUCAAGAAAAUGAUGAUAUUUUGACAUAUUGAGGAGAUGAUAUAUUUGGACAAAGCUUCUCCCUCAGAGCCUCUUCCUUGACACCUUGACCUCAUGCCAUACCCUUAGCUGCAACAUGAGACCAUAUGGUACCUCGUAGACUCCUCCCUAAGAGCCACCCCCUACCUCUUGACCCAAUGCCACAACCGUAACUGCCACAUGAGACCAUAUGGUACCUCAUGGACUCCUCCCUCAGAGCCUCUCCCCCUACCCCAUGCCACACCCUUAGCUGCAACAUGAGACCCCAAGGUACCUCGUAGACUCCUCCCUCAAAGCCUCUCCCCUUAUCUCAUGCCACACCCUUAACUGCCACAUGAGACCCCAUG